UGAAUAUUAGUUGAAUUAUAUAGAAUGAAGGCUCAUUUAACAAAUCACUCUUAACUAGCUUUAGUUCUUAAUGUACGUAUUUUAUCGUCGCUGCAGGAUUUCACGUAAUCUGGACGAUAACAGAAUGCCGAGAAGAUGCCUCUUUUAUUUCUGAUUUUCUCGUUAAGCUGCCAUCAUGUCCUGCAACUGGCGCUCGCCGACGAGAUUACCUUGACGAGACACGCCAAUGCAGAUGUUUUCACCAUUCCAGGAUCCUGCAACCAGGCUUGUAUGGUGCUGAGUAGUGAUACUGCAAGCCCUUAUGGGUCCAUAUCAAUUAGUGGUUAUCCAAAUGAUUCGUGCAUGUGUCAGUGCAAUUAUGAACUGCCAAUUUUCCGUGAAGAUCUUGGAAUAUGUGUAGAUAACAUACAAGAGUGCGACGUUGCUGGCUUCGUCGGUAGUUCCGGCCUAGUUGAAAAGGUGCCAUACGUUUUCCUUCCGCAAUACGGCCAAAUUAUAUAUCCUCAAGCUGAAAUUCAAUUCGAAGGAGUAAAAUCACCGGUGUGCGUGAUCACGGGGGUGCAGCAGUUGGGCAGAAGCGGCUGGUCGGAUCUGCGCAACGUCUCGGACGUGGAGUUCCCGCUGAGUCUGUAUCGCGACGAGGAGCGCAGCUUUCUCCAGUGGACCGGUGAAGCGAAACUGCGCGAGGCUGCAGAGGGCAAAAUUGUAGUUGUGAAGCUUGCCUGCCGAGAUUCUCAUCCAUCGACAGUGUACCGAGGAGUUUUCACCCCGUGCGUCGCCUUUCGCGUUGCAGGCUCGCCGUCCAGAGCCGCUAUCAAGGAAGUCCUAUUCUCAACAAGUCCACCAAAGCCACAAGGUCUGUCGAGCAGCGAGUACACUGCUAUCGGUAUAUCUUCGGUGUUACUAGCCCUUAUUUACAUUGCAAGUGUAUCGCUAUACCUACACAGCCGCAAGAGUCGCCGAAAAGACAAUGAGGAGCACGCACCCGAAACGGGCAAUUGCCUGGUCGACGUCGAGGCUCCAGCACACGUUAAGUGCAAUCCGCUACUUUCGGUCUCGCGACACUUUGAGAGUGACACUAAUAGCGCGAUCAGCGAGGCUGAUCUGGCCGACAAACUGCUACAUAGCGAGAGCGAGGCCGAAAUCGAAAACGUAACAUCCGCGGUCGUCCAUCCGUACGAAGAAUGUUCCGAGCCACAAGAGCAGAGCAACAGUUCAGGCCCGAUCAUUGGCGAGCGAUUACCCGAGGAAGAUGUACGCGUCAUCGAAACAACGGAACACGGAAAUCAGCACCACAUGCCAGUUUUUCCAGGCAGUCAGCGCAGAAAGCUCUACUUCAAUCCUGCCUACUUUGAGAAACAACUGUUGGCGGCACCACCUCCGGCAGCCGUGGAAUUCCUUUUAAAAAUUCGAGAAGUCAUAUCCAUAGCUAAGCAUAAAAUGGCAGCCAAGCGUUUCGUUCCUACGCUCAAUGAAAUUCCAGAGGAAUCAUCCUCAUCGGAACGCCAGAGCAUCGCGGCAGCCAAGGCGCACAAAAAGCGAGCGAGCUCGGUGCAGAACGGCGUGAGCGGGCUGACAAAACUCGACAGAAAAUCGUUGCGAUGUCCGGGAUGUUCGGGGUGCAGUAAUGGUUCGUCGACUCCGAGUCUACCGACAGCACUCAACCUGGCGGAGAACUCCGCCGGGAUCGCGCCCAUUAGUGGCGAAAGUCGAGUGCGCGCCUGGCUUGAAGACGUCAAGCUACUCGAUAUGCGCUGGCGUAAUCUCGAAGAAGAGCGAAAUUUCACCAAAAGGUACUUCAAUCGAAUCAACAAAAUGGUUAAGGCCAAGGAGACGAAAGAUCUGGAGCUUGAGUGCACGAGAAUGUCGACCAAAUCGCUUCCCCCGAUUUUCAAUCAGAUGCCCGAAAUCGAUUUUAACGGCUGUUUAAAUGAUACGUUUGUCAACGAUGAGGCUCACGGCCGAGCCAAGUCGAAGAGAUCGGUACGGUCGGUAACGCACGAGCCUGGCCACUUUGAUCGACAAGCAGACGAGGUGACCGAAUGGACCAACCGGAACUCCUGUUACCACGAAGAGAAUGUCGUGAAUGCAAACAUUCGACGAGCGAUCGAGAGUUCGUUUAGAAAGCAGCUGGACCAGUUGCACACUGCCAAGCUAAGCGAGAAACCAAGUUCUAAAUCCAUCGUCGCUGCACAGUCGAGCAGCGAGAAAUCCGCAAGAUGCUCCAGCUACGAAAAUGUUCAGGUCAGGACAGCAGCCAUCAACAAUGCGAAACAGAAUUCCGAUCUGAGCAUCAAAGAAGAUAUAAGCAAGCAGCAGCCGAAGAAAGUACGACAAUUUAUCGAAGAGCCGGCAGAGGCAUCGGAAACUCGGGUACUGCUUGAUAUAAUCAACGACGAAUUGUCGUCUCGCAGUACCAACAAGGCAAAACGUAUAAUGGACGCAGUAAUCCAGGAGUUAGUCGUAGCUAAGGAAAAAGAAAAAGAAUCGCAGACGAGCAAAACUUCGGACUACGAAACCGAUAGCUUGGAGAAGACCAAAAUCAGUCGGAAAUCUUGGAGCUCCGCUGACUCCACGGAAAAGUCCAGCCCUGCUCAGUCCACGGCUCUCCCUAUGGACGAAGAGCUGACCAUGAGAAAUGCCAUUAUCGACGUUCAAAUCAGCGAGACAACAAGUAAUCUUAUUAAUAAUCACAAUCUACCCGAAGUGGUGCCGUUACGAUCGGAAAACUACGCCUUGGUAAGCGAAGUUUACGUGAACGAUGGUUACGCGAGCCCCACUGGCAGUGACGACGAGUCAGGUCCGGAAAUUCAAUACGAACCAGAAAAUCCGGGACACUUGACUAUCAAGGUCAUGGAUUCGCCGACGAAUUAUGUGAGGCACGACGAAUCCGAUUACGAGCCUGAUACUCUCGAUCGGAAACCAAUGAAGUUGAAGAUCAACGAUAACGUUAUCUACGAAAAAGACGUCAACGAAGUUUUCGUGGAUUCACUCGAGCGUUCGUCCCAAAUAUUGCUCAAAAGUAAACGAAGUUUUAACGAAGCAAAUGAUAUCGAUGCCAACUCGAAACUCCCGCAAGAGUACAACAGUCUGCGUGAAAUAUUCGAAGCUCGACUUAAGCAUCAACAGCAACGAGAGAACAAGCAGUCACAAUUGAAGCUACAAGAGCGUGAAUUGCCGCAACAGGAGAAAACCCGAGAGCAUCCGCAAGAGAAAUCAUCAGCACAACGCCAAACUGAAAACAAGAAAUCGUCCCGCGAUGGUAAACGGGAAACAGAGAAAAAUUGCCGUAAUGAUGCUUGUAGCUGUGCGAGUCCUCUGUUACCCCGUCAGGAGCGUCGACAGCGCAAAGCGGACAAUCAACCGGAUGUUGUACCUAAACCACCACCACCCCCGCCACCUCCAGAGCCACCGUCACUUGAUCAGAUCGCAAAAAACGUGCAGGACAGGAGUUUCGCCGAAGCAGGUGACCCUACGACCCGCAAAGACGCUCCUGUCAUCCAAAUGCAAUGCGUUCCUGUCGUAGGGAAGCCACCGGCGGUAAGCCAAAAGCCCAAUGUUGCCGGAGACUCGAAUGCCGAAAAUUCAGUCGAAUUCGAAAGUCAUAAAGCUGCGAAGAAAGAUAAAGAAUCCGAACGACUGGGUACAUCGGCACUGACGAACGUCGACAAUAAGAAAAAAAACGAAAAACGACAACAGUAUCGAAGUUCCUUAAAGUGGCGAGGUGCUACAAAUGAAGAGAGUCGAAACAGUCGUUCGUCAAAUCGACGCUCCAAAUCCCAGAAAAGAUCUGAUCGAUCGCGCUCGCGCUCAAGCGAGGCACCUAAUUUCGAGGACAGCGCGUAUGUGAGCAGUCCUGACAGCAGCAACUCCCGACGCAAGAUGCUGCUGACAGCCGAAGAUUUUCUUCAGCAGCAACUCCACAGCAGCUGCACUGAAAGCGACGAAUCGACGAGUGGCAACGGUGCUAACAGCGAAAGUGGUGCCGAGAGCAUCGAGACUGACAGCGUCUUCUUCGGCAAUUUUCGUGCGCGCGCCGAACGGGAAAGACUCGCCCUCGAAGCCGGUUGCCAUCAUCGAGACAAAGCAGCUAAACAACAGCAGCAGAGCUCCAGCAAUUAUACAACUUUCAAUGCCAACUCCAUAGUCCAUUAGCACCCACUUCUUUUACUCAAACAUUCUUUUUAUUUAUUUCAUU